GAUAAUAUUUAGGAAAAGGAGGUGUAAAUUUAAACUAAUGCUCCGUACUUUUUAAAACAAGUUUACUCUAAACCCUUAAAAGAUGUGCGCUGCCCCAUAAUUGGACGAUUGUAUAAAGACUCAACCCAUUUAGGGGUGUUUGGUUCGCAAACUGGUAUGGGGUUGGAAUCAGGAAUGAAACCAUAGUGGUAUGGGUUUGGAACUUGAUUCUUAAUACCAUAUGUUUGGUAUAAUCAUGAAAUGCAAUGUUUUUCUUUUAUUUAAACCUAAAUGUAUCGGAAUGAGCCAAACGCACCUCCCCCCAAGGUUUCUAAACCCCAUACCUUGGGGGUUUGAGCUAUGGGUUUGAAACUCAUAAAAUCAUAAAACAAACAUAAGGUAUGGGUUUAAACCAUUCUAAACCCAUACCUUAUACCUUAAUUAUGUGAACUUAACACCCCCUUAAUGCUUUCACAAAAAAAAAAAAAAAAAAAAAAAAAAAAAAAACAUUUAUUUAUUAGACGGAUGUAUCCGUUUAAUAACUGUGACGGGUCAUAGGGAUCCAUAGAAUUGCUCUCUCUCAUAUUAGUCGAUACCCAUUGAAGCGCACUCAACGUUCUCCACUGAAGCGCAGUUGGCGUUCACCCUUGAAUCUCUUGUAUCCCCCCAUUGAAGCACCUUCUGAGGGGUUUGGAAAUUUGAAUUGAUAACACUAUGAGAAAGGGAUCAAAUACGCGUGGUGGUCGUAGCGCUCUUAGGAUUUUACAGCAACACUUUGAGGAUUGUAACUUUGAGAGUGAGGAGGAUGCUGUGAUAUAUCUACGUAAGACAUAUCCGGAGUACAGGAGGUGGAAAACCGCAAUACUCACCAAAAAUGUUAGAGAGGCCCUUUCCCAGCUUAAGCGGAAUAAUAGUAGUGGCGGUAGAGAUGGUCAAGUUCGACAAUCAACAUCGACUUCAGCAUUAUCAUCUUCAUCCCCUGAUUCAAGUUAUGAGGAGGAUUCCAGUCCGAAGUUGGACUUGAUGAAAACAAUGUUAAGGGAAGCCUAUUGUCCUGAUAAAACAGAAGAGAGUAUGGAGGAGAAAAAUGAGAAAACUAUAGAAUUAUUUGAAAAAAAGAAAUUGAGAAUAUUGUGAUGCUUGAGAAAAAUGGAGGAACAGGAAGUAAAAAUAUGGAUUUAGAUGAUGGUAGAGAUCAGGUGCACACGCAUCCCAUGUUUAAGGAUUUUGGUGGCAUGCGUGAAGUAUUGGAGGAAUUAAAAUACAAUGUGCUUAUCCCACUUCGUUACCCUGAACUCCUCAACCGACUGUGUCAGUUACAUGCAGGGCCACCAACAGGAAUUCUAUUGCACGGGCCUCCUGGGUGUGGUAAGACCAUGUUAGCUCAAGCUAUUGCUAAUGAAGCUGGCGUUCCUUUGUAUCAGAUUGCAUCGACUGAGAUUGUAUCUGGUGUUUCAGGUGAGUCAGAAGGAAACAUUCGUGAGCUUUUCUUAAAAGCUCGUAGGACUGCUCCUUCAAUAAUAUUCAUUGACGAGAUUGAUGCCAUUGCGGAGAAAAGAGAGAGCUCGCAGAAAAGGCAAGAAGGGCGAAUUGUCACUCAGUUAUUGAAAUGCAUGGAUACUAUAUGUGAGAAUGCUUCUGUAGCUGGUCAAAAGAUUUCUGUGAGUGGGAGUAAAGUACAUUCAUCUCCAGCAGUUCCGGAGAUUUCAGUUUCUGAGAACAAACGAGGCCAUGUUCUUGUUAUUGGAGCAACCAACCGUCCAAAUGCUCUUGACCCUGCAUUGAGGCGACCUGGAAGAUUUAACUGGGAGAUUGAACUAGGAGUUCCAGAUGAAAAUGCAAGGUUUGAGAUACUGUCAGUCUUGACACGUGAUCUUGGUGUUCAAGAGGGUUUGAACCUUAGAAAGUUGGCUAGGGACACAGCAGGGUUUGUUGGAGCUGACCUGGAAGAUUAUGUUAGAAAAGCUUCUGUACAUGCUAUGAGGAAGAUGAUAAACUUAAAGAAGGAUGAGGGUCUUAAGGAGUGUGCAGUUGGGCCCCAAGAUGACAAUUGGUGGAAGCAACUACGUUUUAUGCCUGGAGAAAUGGAAACACUCUGUCCCAAAAUGUCAGAUUUUGAGGUUGCAUUUAAGAAUGUUCAACCGUCUUUAAAGAGGGAAGGUUUCUCUGCAGUUCCUAAUGUGAAAUGGGAAGAUGUUGGAGGCCUUGGCACCAUAAGGCAGGAGUUCCAGAGCUGUAUAGUUGAUCCUAUUAGAAAUCCUGAAGAUUAUGAGGGAUUUGGACUAGAUUUGCCAGCAGGAUUCUUGCUUUAUGGUCCCCCUGGCUGUGGUAAAACGCUGAUUGCCAAGGCUGUUGCUAAUGAGGCUGGCGCAAGUUUCAUAUACAUCAAGGGUCCUGAACUUAUGGACAAAUAUGUUGGUGAAAGUGAAUUGGCUGUUCGCAAGAUCUUUAAUCGUGCAAGGACAUGUUCUCCAUGUAUUCUCUUCUUUGAUGAGGUGGAUGCUUUGACUGCAAAUCGUGGAGAAUCUAGUGGGGUUACUGAUAGGAUACUUAAGCAGCUUCUUAUUGAGCUAGAUGGUGCAGAGGAAAGGCGGGGGGUUUAUGUCAUUGGUGCUACAAAUCGACCUGAGUGGAUAGAUCGUGCUUUAUUGAGGCCUGGAAGAUUCGAGGAACAAUUAUACAUUCCUCUGCCUAGUCCACAGGAACGUGGCUUGAUAUUGAAAGCUCUUGCAAGAAAGAAACCUAUAGAUACCGAUGUGGAUUUACUUGCUAUUGCAGAGAGAACAGCUUGUGAUCAUUUUAGUGGCGCUGACCUUGCUUUCCUGAUGCGGCAAGCCGGUAGGUUUGCUCAUGACGAGAUGCGAUUAUUGAAGCAAAAGGGUGCAGGUGCCAUUCCUUGGAUAAUUAAUUAUAGUCAUUUUGAAAAAGCAUUGGUGGGAUUGAAACCUUCUGUUAACAAAAAGCAAAGAGAUUUCUAUGAUAAUUGGUCACGCAAUUUUUCGAACCUAACCAAUGUCGAGACAAAAGCACUGAACACAUGUGGAGGUAAUGUGUUGAAUUCAAUGGUUCUUACCGCUUCAACUGCAUUAUAAAAAGCGUGACAAGACUAUACUAACUACUAAAUGGCGGUGAUAUGAAUUGUUCCUCACACUUGGGAUCUUUGUUGAUGCAUUGACUUAACAUAAUUCAUGCUUUGCUCAUGUUCGUGGAAGGGUAACUAUGUUGCUCAUGUAUUGGCCAAAUUUCCUUAUAAAAGAAUUUUGAAGUGAGGGUCUCCUGAUACAUCGCCCCAGGAUAAGGGUAACUAUGUUCGUGGAAGGGUAACUAUGUUGCUCAGUAAGAGUACUCUUGAAUGAACUCCAUUUGCUAUGGUGAUGAAUCUAAAAGAUUCUUAUUGUCACAUGUUGAGAAAGGUUAUGCUGUGGUGGUGUACUCUGGUGCUGGACCUGUUGGUGUUGGUAUUACCAUUGCUUGUUUAACUUUCUCAUUGCAGUGAGACAACGAGCUUUACUUGAAGGCCAGCUUCUGUGUAGAACUUCAUUUUGGGGACAUUUAAAAUGCAGUAAUUUUAGAGGGACAAUACGACAAAACCAUUGCAUAUGUGAGGGUUAAUAUUAAGCUAUGUCAUCUUGAUUAUUGUAAUCAAUUUUGGUAUUAAUAUUAUUAUGUUUUUGUAAAACUUCAUUUUCUUGUGUAUGGAAUUUUAGUUAUUAUCUAUAAACUAUGGAAUACUCUUGUGGUUUCGCCCCAUAUGUGCCUAUUGAUCUUGAGAUAUACAUUUUGACUAGGAAAAAUUGCUCCCAUUAAUUUGAACUUUGCCUCGUCUGCCGAAAAUAAUCCCAACUUUCGUUUAUUAUCUAUUGCAUCGAACUUUGGGGGUAUUAAUUUUCGUUGCACCCAAAUGACCUGCAACCGGUAAAUCAGGUAAACAUUUCUGAUAUUUUUUUUUUGCACACGUGUCAACAUAUAAUUGGUUGAAAAAAAUAGAAAAAAAAAAUAAAAACAUAAUUAAAAAAAAACCCCAACAGCUACCCUUAGCUUCUCCACCAGCCACCAGCACCACCAUCACUAGCCUUCCUCUCUCCCUAUCCCACGGUGUCGGCCGCACCCACAUCCCCUCCCCCGAUGCCGGCGCCGACCCCCUCUCCCGCGUAUCGUCCCCUCCCUCGCUCUUCCUGAUGCUUGCUUGAACCAACAACCACCCUCCCCGAAACCCUAUCUCUCCCGCAAAAACCACCUAAAACCCAUUCCCCACCCUCGAAAAC